UGCGAGGCUCUGAGAUCUGAAAAAUCGAGAUCCAUCACACGCCUUCUCCAUCAGUUUCUUUCUUCAACUUUCAGAGAGAGAAGAGGGAAUCAUCGUUCUUACGUUUCCUUCUCUUUCUCUCUGUACAAUUCCACUGGCUUUUACGGUUUGGUCAAAAUGGAACCCCCAUUGGCGGAAGACGCUCUCUCUCUCAUAGACAUUGUCCAAGAAGACGACACUCUACUUCAAAUCAAUGGUGCCUCUGCUCUUCACACGAAACCAGGCUUUGUCUUCUCUCCCAUUAACAAUGUAUCUGCAACCAAGCAAUGUCCCAUAUCUAUUGAAUCAAAAGGAGAUCCACCAAUUACUUCUGAAGAGCCACUGCAAACAAGAAAAAGAAAGAAGGGUGGAGGAUACAAUCUGAGGAAAAGCUUAGCAUGGCAUAGGGCUUUUCUCACUGAUGAAGGUGUUCUUGAUCCAUUAGAAUUAUCCAUUGUAAAUGGGUCUUUCAGAAAGUCAUGCAAGACCUUGUUGUCUGGGGUGAUGAAAGAGGACCCACAAGCAACUGGUGCCAGUUUAAUUAGUGAUGGACCUGAUCUACACUCUAUUGAAGAGAAAUUAUUCAGAGGACCUCGAUCUUCUACAACUCACAAAGGAGAUAAAGGACAAGGUGAUUCAUCUACAAAGUCAGAAUGUUCAACUCUGGAUUCCGCAAGUUCUUUGCUCAAAACAUUGUCGGCCAGAAGCAAUAAGAGUGGGAGUCAAGGUGGAAUUUGCCCAAAACCACCGCCUUCAACUUCACCAAAAAAGCUUGGUGAAGCCAAGACUGCAUAUUCAAAGUCAAAUAUUUCAAAAGCCACAGCUGCCAGGGGAGAUUCAUCAUUUCCACCAACAACGUCUAUAAAUACUUCUCGGACUACAAAGCGCCUGAAAUCCGCCCCUCAGAAUGCCUCAUCAGUAGUUAAAAAUGGGAAGAAGAUAGGUCGAAUGAUCUCCAAAGAAAAUUCGAAGAUUCGACUCAAUGGUUCUACCAUGCCAGUUUCGGUGGCAAAUGUUUCUCCACUAGUUCCUACUGAAAGCUCCAUCUGCAACAAAACAAAAGUCUCAACAGAAAGAAAGAAGCAUCCUAUUCCAAACAUUCCAGGGGCGGGUUUAUCUAAGAGAUCAUCUGGACAGAAUACAGUACCAGAACAAGUUGCUUUUCCAAUUGGCUCUCAUUUGGCAACAAAUUCACAGAAACCAGAACUUGCCAAUAGCACCAUUCAUUCUGAGGUGAUUUUAAGGAGCGCAAAUCAGAUAUCUACACACAGUUCAAUCAGAGCAGCUGGUUGUCAUGGCUCUCCAGCUUCACUCCCAAGUAAUUCUAUUCAGUCUUCUCAGCAAAAUCUAAAACCAUCAGGAUUGAGGAUGCCCUCACCAACUUUAGGAUAUUUUGAUCCGGCAAAAGUUUCUGGUUUGCAAUGUGUUCCAUCUAAGAGUAGCAAUGUGGUGAAUGAUGUUGUAGAGGCUCGUAUUCCUUCUAUCAGACAACCAAGUAUUGCAAAUAUUUUGAGAUCGUUACAUGUCCCAUAUGAGAAGAGAGUGAGCACAAUCCAGAGUAACUCCACUGCAUCUUGUAGGACUGGAACUGCAAGCACUUUGGAUUCUUCAGUUCCUUUAACUGAAAACAUGAAAUCAAGCUUGGAAAAGAAUAAGUUACCGAAGGUGCAGAUGAGGACGUCUUCUAAUUCAGAGAAUUUGUCAUGCAGCCAAUCAGAUCAUUGGAGAGAGUUGCUUGACAAUUGCACAAACUCCAUUAUUGGCGAUCUUGCAGAUCAAGCGGGAGAGGAAGAACAGUCUGGAGCUCUUGAUAAGCAAUCCGCAAUGUUAUGUGAUCAGGGGAACAGCAUAAGAAACCCAAAAACUCUUGUUGAAGAUGGGGCACAGGAUAGUGGUUCUCUUAGUAUUGAUGUUAUUGAUUCGACAACUGGAAGUUCCAUGGAAAUGGGAAUUUUACAUUCUGCAUAUCAACCAUUGAGUACUCCAAAUAAAUUACGUGGAAUUGAUGUUAAAACAGAUAGCCUGGUUAACAAUCGAUGUGAGGAAGUUGCUGCACUUCUUGAUCGGGAUUCUCUUACGAUUCCUGAAAGUGAGCAUGCAGUUGAAAGUACUGAUUCGAAUUGCAAUUCACAUGCUAAAAAGGAUAUUGAGGAGAGCUGCCAAGCUACUACUGCUGGAGAGAAGUUAAUUUUGAACCAGAGUUCCGAGCAAAUUGGUCAUCCUCCGAUUGCUAACAGCUCAGAAUCACUUCAUCUUCAUCAUGAAGAGCUGGGAUCAUCAGUUCAGAGGAUGGUGAAUGGAGAAAUAAUUGCUACUAUAGAUAAGGGAUCUGCACUUAACAUUUAUACAGAAACAGAAGUCAUGCUAGCCAUUAUGGGAGAUACACAAGAGAUUCCGUGCAAUGUGUCAGAUAACUGUGAGCUUUCAGAUGGUCAUGUGCAGGCUAAGAUAAAGAAUGAAAAGAAUCCUGCAAGAAAUAAAGGGGCUUUGCCAGCUUUCAAGAAGAAGCUUGCAGGUAGUCUUGCGUCAAACAGGGAUGCCGCUAUAAAUAGCCAAUCUGUUCCUGUACCAUUUUCGGAUGAAUGGGUAUCUGCGCUUGAGGCUGCGGGCGAGGAUAUUCUCAAGGUCAAGACAGGUCCAGUUCAAAACUCACCUACAGACAAAGCUCCUCCAAAGCCUGGUCCCUGGUCUCCAGUGCGGCGAAACAAUCAAGAUAUUGGACCCUUUGAUUGUACGAAGUACACAAACAAUCCCACGACUAAUUCUCAGUAGUGUCUGUGGAUGUUCAACUACUUUCUCAGCACUGCUCAGUACAUAACCUUGUCCGAGUUUGCAAGAAAGCAUUCCAAUUGCCACUCAGUGGGAUAUAAAUUUUGAAAUGCAUUGGUUUGAUGCCAUUUGUUUGAUGCCAAGUCCAAUGAAUCCCAUGUUGCGCUCCUUGCAUUUUUGUAUAAGAUGCAUGUUUACAAUAGGUCCUUUCAAUUGCAUGUUGAAGCACUUGUCAGAAGUUCAUGCUAUUCAGCCAUUUAUGGCAUCUCAGACAUUCUUCACUGAGGUGUGGCUCUCUGAAUGUCAAGGCUAGCAGAUUCUUGUCCAUUUUGUCUUUCCCCAAAUGCUUAGCUUCCGGAUUCCAGUCUCGAAAUAAGGAUGAUUAAAUGGAAGGAGGCUCCCGCUGGUGUACAUUUUCAGGCCCAUCUCAAGUUAAAUUUAUGUAAAUGUUCUUGUGAUCGGUCCAACUGCUAUAAAAAGCCUUAGCCACCCUUAGUACUCUUGAGAUACAUUAAAGUAGUUUUGCUUAGAUUUAUUUUGUUUUGGUACUCCUGGUUUUUGAAGCAAUGAUUGGAAGAAGCUAUGUAGAAAGCUGGAUUAAAUGGUUAUGGAACGAAAUGACCAUAGUAACAAGAG